AUGGCUGCUUUGGCAGAGACCUGGUUUAUUCGGUUUUGUCACGUCUCCCCUCCAUUUUCCAAUCACCGUGACUUUUACAAAGUCAUUGAUCGCACACCACUCGGCGAUGUGGCCUGGGAAAGCUUCUUGGUCAAAUAUACAGGAGAGCGCCCUAAUACCAAUGUUCCACCGUGGAUGACCGAUGAUUUUGAGGUCUGGUUCAGGGACCCUCACAAGGUUGUCCGGAACAUGCUGUCAAAUCCCGAUUACAAUGGUGAGAUUGACCUCACACCUUUUCGAGAGUAUGAUGCAUCCACCAACAAGUGUCAGUGGGAGCACUUCAUGUCCGGAGAUUGGUCUUGGCAACAAGCGGUGAGAAUUCCCUCUUUUUCCAUGAGUUUAACUGAACAUAAACAGCACAAAAUCUCAAAUGAUCCAGAAAUGCAUGGAUCUACCUUCAUCCCUGUGAUUCUUGGUAGUGAUAAGACAAUGGUUUCAGUGGCAACGGGCAACAAUGAAUAUUACCCACUCUAUGUAUCAAUCGGUAACAUGCAUAACAACGUACGUCGAGCGCACCAUGACGCUGUUGCCGUGAUUGGCUUCCUUGCUAUUCUCAAAACUUCUCGAGAGUACGCCGGUGACGACAAUUUUCGAACAUUUCGGCGCAGGUUAUUUCACACUUCUUUAUCUACAAUCCUGCAAACUCUGAAGCCAGCUAUGACAAAACCUAAGACCAUACACUUUGGGGAUGGGCACUUCCGGCGUGUUAUAUAUGGACUGGGACCUUAUAUAGCUGACUAUGAAGAGCAAGUGGUACUUGCGUGUAUAGUACGUAAUUGGUGCCCAAAAUGCCUUGCACUUUGCACAGACCUCAACAAAGCCAGCUUGUACCGCUGCCGCGAGCAUACAGACAUGCUCACCAAAGAAUUGGACUCUGCAACAUUAUGGGAUGAAUACGGAAUUAUCGGCAACCUUGUCCCAUUUACCAACGACUUUCCUCGCGCCGAUAUUCACACACUCUUGUCACCCAAUCUGCUCCCUCAAAUCAUCAAAGGCACGUUCAAGGAUCACCUUGUUGACUGGGUCGAACAAUAUCUCAAGAUCACCCAUGGAGCCAAACGAGCUGCAGAGAUCAUGGGUGACAUAGACCGAAGAAUUGCCGCUGUUGCAUCAUUUUUGAAUAUAUGGCGAUUUCCUCAAGGCCGUGGUUUCAAACAGUGGACAGGGGACAAUUCCAAAGCACUGAUGGAGGUAUGUAUUUGUUUGGGGCAUCAUAUUACUCUGCUGAUAAUGUUUUACACCGCUAUUGAAGGUUAUGUUGCCCCCAACAUUGUCCGCACAUUUUGUGCAUUUUUGGAAUUCCGUUACCUCGUCUGUCGCAAUGUCAUUACAGAAGAUACACUGGACAAAAUACAGGGCGCCCUCAACCGCUUUCACCAUUAUCGCAAAAUUUUCGAAACAACAGGCGUUGUUUUUACCUUCUCGCUUCCCCGACAAUACUCCAUGACUCACUAUCAAUUUCUUAUCCGACUCUUUGGCACACCAAAUGGCCUGUGCUUGUCAAUCACUGAGGCCAAGCAUAUCAAAGCAGUCAAACAGCCAUGGCGCUGGUCAAGCAAGAAUGCCCCACUCAGGCAAAUGCUUUUGUCCAACCAGCGCCUGGAUAAGCUUGCAGCAUCCCGCAUGGAUUUCACAGAGCGAAGAAUGCUACACGGCACUUGCCUAUCAGAAGCAAAGCAUGCACGAACAGUACCAGCACUGGCAGAAGAAAUUGGUGUUCUCCACCUGCGGCAUCUUGUCCGAUGGUUCCUAUUUGUGCAGCUGUACCCCAACGAUCCCCGUAACCCUGAGGAUGUCCCUGCUGCUUUAUGUCCCCGCCAUGAAGGCAAAGUAUAUGUUUUCAAUUCGGCCGCAGCAACAUUCUAUGCUCCCAGCAACCCGAGCGGUAUUGGUGGCAUGCGACGUGAGCACAUCCGUGCCUGCCCUCUCUGGCGCUACACAUACAAACGCAAUGAUUGUGUGUUUAUCAGCACCAACCCGGACCUUGAAGGUAUGCAAGGGCUCUAUAUUGCUCGAGUCCUGUGUUUUUUUUCAUUCAAAUACCAGCAAGUUCAUUACCCCUGCGCUGUGAUCCACUGGUUUGACAAGAUCGGCAAUGCAGCAGACGAGGACACCGGGAUGUGGAUGGUAUGCCCAGGGCACUGCAAAGACGGCUUGCGCAAUCUCGCUGUCAUUCACGUCAACACCAUCUACCGUGCCGCCCAUCUAAUUCCUAUCUACGGCACUGACUGCAUUCCCGAUUCUCUCAAGUACUACCAUUCCUAUGAUGCUUUCCGUGCCUUCUAUGUCAACAAAUAUGCUGACCACCACGCAUUCGAGAUAGCUUUUUGA